AUGACGGAUCUCUUUAAAGACGCACCGCAGCAGAAGGACGAUCUCUGGCUUCUCCUGCUGCAUGAGGUAGCGUAUUGGCGCAAACUACCGGAGAUCCGCGGGGAUCCCGGUUUGUUCGCCCUAGCGGAGGAGAGCUGGGAUCUCCUCCAGGCGGUUACCGCACUGACGGAGGAACAAACAAUGGCGGAAGUGCGCUCUCUCCUUCAGCAGCUCGUCAACCAGGUAAAGGAGAAGUGGCUCCGGCCUCUCUCCUGCACGGAGGUAACCCCGCCCCCACCUACCGGUCCUGGUCGGCGGAAAAAGAAGAGGCGAAGAGGGAAGGGAGAAGAAGCCGCUCCGACUCUCUUCCUGGGGACUUGCUCUCUGCACCCCGCCUGGGAUGACACCGCCGCUACCCGCCUGGCCAGCUCCCAUCUGGAGAAGCCACCUCCGAUGGAGGCGUACUAUUACCGGCCGGAGCACCUGGGUCAAGGUGGGAGACGCGCCAUUAGGGACGCUAUUCCCCGGGUCCCUAGAGCCCUUAAAGGGACAGCACCAGCUCGCUCGGCGUUCCUCCUGGUGCCCGUUCCGGAUCUGCCCAUCCCCUGCUCGUCCGUGGAUGAGGCGGCAUCACCGGCAGCCACCCCACCUAUGUCCUCACUGGCCACCUCCCAAGGAGAAGAGACUCCUGUUCCCCCAGCACUAGUCCCAGUCCCCGAGGAGGUCCCGGACAACCAGCACCCAGCUCCUUUUUCCUGUGAGGAAGAGGAGCUAGAGUGGGACCCCCCGGGGGCCUUCCUGAGGACUCCCUCGCCCUUGCCCCGUUUUCACAGACCAUCGUCCCCUUCUCUCUCUUCUGUCAUGUGGUGGCUGUUUGUCCUCUGGCUGUGGGGGUGCUGGCUGCCCCCUGGUCUUCCACACUGCACUACAGAGAGAAACCCCCUCCAGUGCCAGAAGGCCCAGAUGGUACCUGGGUCGAACCUGGCAGGUGAGGGCUUUGAUGUAGUCACCAUGGAGCGUAAAGGUGCCUACAUCAUCGACGUGGAGCACUGGCAGAGGAAAGCAGACAACUCCUGCACGCUGUGCACCAACCCGUACCUGAACAAUGAGAAGCAGAAGCUGCCACUGGCACUAGUGGAUUGGAGAGCUGAGCUUGACUGCAAGAAGGAGGUGGUCAGCAGCAUCUAUGAAUCCAGUGAGCAGUUCGUUGAAAGCGGCCAGAGUGGGGUGGACAUCAGCUGGAAAGUGGGACUUGAUCUCAUCAGUCCUCGAUCAGGAUCUCUCAUGGUAGGAGGUACCCACUCAAAACAGGCCAGUAAAGCUAUGGAGAUGUCCAAGAAGGACAAGUACAGCUUCAUUAAACAGGAGUUCCACUGCAGCUACUACAGGUACCGAGUGGAGAACAGCCCGCCCCUCCAUACGGAGUUUGCACGCAACCUUGAGCUCCUCCCCCCUCAGUAUAACAGUGUCACCAAGGAAGACUACCGCCGCCUACUGGACAUCUACGGGACUCACUUCAUCAGGAAGGUGCAGCUGGGCGGCCGCGUGAGCAGCACCACCGCAUUCCGGUUCUGCCAGGCGGCGCUAAACGGCUACACUGAGACUGAGGUGAAAGACUGCCUGGAGGUGGAGACCUCCGUGCCCAUAAAGUAUGUUACUGUUAAAGCUAAGGCUGACUUCUGCAAGCGUGACAAGAAAACACACAAUAACAAGAACAGCUUCCACAGCCAGUUCACAGAAAGGAUCAAUGAAGUAAAGGGAGGUCAGCACAUGGUUUCUGACCUCCUGUUUUCUGACAAGCCUGAAGCCAUGCAGAAGUGGCUGGACAGCCUGAAGACCAUGCCGGGAAUCAUCACCUACUCUCUCCACCCCCUGCAUUAUCUGGUGCAGAAGCCAAAGACCAAAAAGGCGGCGCUGAAGAAGGCAGUCCAGGACUACAUCCUGGAGAAGGCCCUAUACAAGCACUGCUCCAAGAAAUGCUCAGGAGGUUCGACACCCAGCAAACAUGACCCCUGCCGCUGUGUCUGUGUAGCCAGUGAACAAACCAACUGCGACUGCUGCCCAACUAUGCUGGGCCUGGCCCAAGUGACGGUUACGGUGAAGCGGGCCCGGGGCUUGUGGGGAGACCAAUAUCAUGAAACCGAUGGCUUUGUCUACAUUGCUCUGGCCAGCAAAAAUAUUCAGACCAGGGUGAUCCACAACAACAACAACCCGACCUGGAACAGCGAGUUCCCAUUUGGUACCAUUCGGCUCUCGUCUGACACAAAGAUGAGGCUGGAAGUGUGGGACGAAGACAAGAUGUGGUACAAAUGGUGGAAUGACAAGCUGGGAGAGUGCACGAUCAAUCCUGUUAGUGGCUUCCAUGAUGAAAUCUGUCCGCUGAGCCAUGGCAACCUCUACUACUCCUAUAAGGUGGAGUGUGCUCCUGGGCUCACAGGAAAGCAUUGCAGAAACUACGCCCCUUCUCCUAUGAACCCCAGACUGGCCGACCUUUACACAUCCCGGAAUGCCUUCAACGUCACGCCCGUUCUCCUGGAGCGCCUCAGAAGGGGGCAGUCCAUCGAGGAUCCCCUGCCGUUUCUGUCAUCCAGCAGGAGUGAUAAUAAGACGCUGGGCUCCUCAGGUGGAGAUACUCCUCAUGCUCCUGCUGAGCCCUAA